AUGGAAGAGUCGGGUGGCAAUUAUGAACCGAUGAACAUUCGAAAAGAGCUUUGGGUGCAGGCGGAAACAUGUCACUACUUUUCUCCCGCUUCAGAGGGCCUCCAGUCUCGAGGAAUCGAUGCUCAGACCCGAACUUCGUUCAGCCUAGUUUGAGAGAGAAACUGUGAAAAAUCGUUCUCUCCUUGUGAAUGCCGCAGUCAUUACCCAAAAAAGUUUUGGCAAGUCGUGGAAGAAUUUUUGCAGGCAUCUGACUGACAUUGCCUUCCUAUCUUUCUUUAAUUCUCCCAGAAUCCUAAGAGUUUUCAGAAAACUUCUGAAACGUUUCUGAAUUUUGAAACGUCCGGUUACGCUCUGAGAAAAGAACUGCAGUCAAAAAUCCAAAAGGCCUGUGUGAAAAAUUCUUUUUUUUUCUCCUUUUUUGAGUGAAUCAUUAUUUGAAACAAGAUUAUAUGAAGAAUGACGAGAAUCGUUGUGUUUGUUCCAAAAAAAUUAUCUGUAGGCGUCAUUUGAAAAUUUAGAACAUUGUCAAAAAUAACUUUUAACGAAAUCUUAUGAAAAAUAUGAAAAUCCAGACAGUGAUGAAUCAGAAUAUUGUUUCAAAGGUCAAAGAUCAAUCUCGUAUGAAUAUUCCAGAGCCCUCUCUGAGUCAUCAGACUGUUUUUGAUCAGUUAAACUGUUCUGCUUUUUCUUUCAUUUCGAUUUUCUUCAAUAUCAGGUGUAUGUCUUUUCUUUUCUUCCCGGAAUAUUCUGAAGCUUUUCAGGAUAUUUUAAAUUCAACUUUAUAAAACUAUUAAAAAUCGCGUGCUCUCCCAAGUUUUUGAGUGAAACUAAAGAUAUGGUUUUUUUUUUGAUUUUUUUGGUUAAAACGACUGAUUCUUAUUGAUGACAAAGUCGUCUUUUUUUAUCGUAAGCCAGAAAUUAAUUCGAGUUGAAAAAGAAUAUUUCAGGUUCAUUUUUUUAGUAAUCAGACCUUUGUUUGAUCAGGUAAACCGGUUACUUAUAAAUAUUCAGAUUUUUCUGUCUUCCUCUUCAUAUUUCAAAAAAAAAAGCUUUUUUGUUGAAUUUUAUGCAAAAAAUAUCAGAUUCGAGACAGUGAUGAAUCAGAAUCUUUAUAAAUGACCAAAGAUCAAUCCGCGAUUGAAAGAAUAUUCCAGAGUCCUUUCUGAGUCAUCAGACCGUUCAUAAUCAGAUAAACUGUUCUGCUCCUUCUUGCAUUUCAACGUUCUCGAAUCUCCGUUGUUGGUGACCCCGUCUAUCUCCCCUCCCAUAUUUUCUCAAAGUUUUGAAUUACUCGCCAAAAUGUCGUCAUGGUUAUUGACACAGCAUCCACAAUGCGAGAAAAUAUCCUUGUGUUCCCCUAUAUAGCAUUUCCUCGUUUUUUUUUUGUUUGGAAAUCGGAUAUUCGAAUUCGGACGACGUCUUGCGCUUUUCUAUGACGACGCACUUCUUCAUUUGAAUUUUUCCUUUUUUUUUCAGUGAAAAUGCAAAAAGCUUUCUAGAAUCUUUGUUGUAAAGGAUUUCGCCGUGAAAUUUUUGAAGUCUUGUUUUUUAGAGUUCAGCUCAGGAAACUCGUGGAGGAAGCAACUGAGACGAACGGCAUGACGUUAACAAGGGCAACUGGCAUCGCAUGAGAUCGCUCGGCUUUUUCGAGGCUUUCUGUUUUUUUUUCCUUCGCAAAAAGUAUAUGGUCAUAAAUUAAGAUGCGAUAGGAUAAUCGUUGUUUUACAACUUCACGAAACGUUCACAAAAAAGUCGAUGCCACGCUAUUUGAUUUAUUUGCGCUUUCGCAUGUUUGGAAACUGCGAAAAUGGGUGUCUGGAAAUUUUUUUUUCUUUGAGAACGUUUAUUCCGACUUUCUUUUCGUUUUUCUUCUAGACUUUUUUUUCGAACAUAAUCUCAUUUUUCAAUUAUUCUGUCUAUGGGAACGAUUAUUCUCAGCGGUAUAAAAAGCCCAUCAAACGUCGAAUCAGCACUUGUGCUUUUCGCUCUUUCAGUUUUCCUAUUUUUUUCCCCUCAGUUCUUCAUUUUUUUGAUAAUCUUUUUAAGGAAUCGGUCUAGAACAAGUGGCUUUAUGCUUAAAGUUUCACAAAUCUCAAGUCGAGAAAAAGUUUUGAGUUGUCUUUCUACUAUCGAAAACCUAUCCCUUUAUAAGGUAAAGUUUCGAAAUCGGCUUUUUUCUAGUUUCAGUAAGACCUACAUUGCAAACGUUCAUUCAAGAUAGGUCUCAUGUCGUCCGGAGAGUUAUAAAAAACCAGCAGUGUGUCCGAUUCUGAUGAAUCGCUUUUCUUGGAAGAGAUGACUUGCUAUUUUCCUACGUUUUUCUCCAAACUGAUCCUUAAAGAAAUAGAAGAGCUACCUUUGGUUUCCAGGUUGCCUUUUUGACAUUAAAAUAAAGAAUUGUAGGCUAUUUUCUACAUGUCUACGGCUAAAAAUGCGAAGGAGUAAAGCGUUCAAAUUUGAAAAAUCGUUGGCAUAAGUCAUCGGUGAUCAUUGUGAAAUUUGAAUUUGGAUCAAUAAUAAGGGGAGGAAAAUUUUUUUGAGAGAAGAGAGUGAAAUAUGAAAUCAAUGAAGACCUGCUUCAUAAAACCAAUUCUCAUUUUCCUUGCGCUCCCAGGACAAAACCUUCCCGUCCAAACUGACUUCGGUUCUCAACCAGUUUGGGUUUGCGUCACGAUCCCGUUUUUUUCCAUUCCGUUUUUUCUUGCCACAAGCCGGAGAACACACAGUGGCGGUUCAGAACGAUAUUUGCGGUUAGGUUCGAUGGGCACGCCUUGUUUGAAUCGUCCUAUUGUCAUAACUCUUGUGUGUUAGUCUUUUGUGUUUGUAGAAUAGUUUGGCAAGCACUGCGCUGAGGGCAAACUUCCGAUUUUGCAUCAAAUUGAUGAUAAAUAAUAUUGUUUUUUUCAAGCUUUACUUUAACUAAUUUUUUUCUAUUCCGCUAUCAAUUUUUUUCCAUCACUUUUUUUCUUUUUUUACACAAAAAGGAAGAAAGACAGUUUGAGUUUGAAAAAUGGAUAUUUAAAAAAAUGCGUCGUGAAAAAAAUUUUUGAAAUAAGAAAAAAAAUUGAUUAUAUAUAUAUAAUUUUUUUACGAAUUUUUUUGAAUCGAAAAUUCGUGGAUAUCAGAGCAAUAUUUUUGCCAAACGCAUUUCUUGCGCCUUCAAACAUUUCCACAUACGUUUGAAACCAAACGCCAUUUUUCGACUUUCCGCUUCAUAAUUUUUUUCAAAUCGUCAGAUUUUUCUUCGUACUUUCGCAUUUUUUUGUUACAAAUUCGUCGAUUUUUCAAACAAAAACAAUUUACAGCGGCGACUCAUUUUUAUGCAAAUAAAAGGGCCGAUCCAAAAACAAAGUAAGAUUUAUUACAGAAGUUAGAUAAACUUCAUGGAUCUUCAGAUGACCGAACGCAACAGGAGAAGCAGUGUACGUACUCGCAUGAAGACCGAAGACGUUUCCACCUGGGUCUCGUCGAACAAAGUUUGUUUCAACUUUUUCAUUUUGAAUCCAAGAAAUCAACAGAUUACGAAAAACACUUCAAAAUGAUGCAGUCAAAUUUUUUGCUUUUUUUCCUCACAGGGGCGGUCAUAGAGGAAUAAAAUGGCGCAUACUUAUAGGAGCGCAGUAAGAAGAAGGAAAAUACAGAGACAGUAUUGAAACGUGCCGACUAAAAAAUGAAAAAAAUUGCACUUACGAAAUUUACAUGUGUCUUCGCAACUUGAAAAGUCCUUAGAGAGUUACUUAAAAUUUCGUCGAUACUAGGUGUAUGAAUAAUAAAGUGAGAUUUUGUUACUUACUCAAUAGAUAUGAACUUUUAUCUCGCCAUGUGACGCGGCCACGCGAAAGUAGUUUUUGGUCGGGUGCAAGUUAUACAUUUGUUUGCUUUGCAGUGGGCUUUGCGAAAAUUUCAAAAAAUGUAUCGAGUCGUGUUGAAAGCGUUUUCUAAGACUUGGAGUGAAGAAAUGUGGGCACAGCAUAAAACUUCUUCACUCAAAAUCAAUCAUAAAACAAAUUUCCAGCGUGUCUACGCUCCGACUCCUCAAGUCGCCCAUGUCCACUUCGCUCCAACGACAACUGUGGAGAACGUGGAUGAUGACCGUACUUUCACCCCCUAUAUGCUCGAACAAUCUUUUUUUCAGUUUCUGACACCGAGUCUUCGGACUCGACGCUCGUGGAACAGCCACGUUAUCUGGAUGGCGGGUUGGUCUUGUUUUCUUUUCAGAUUUAUAAAAUAUUUUUUUAGGUAUGCUUGGUUUAUCGUGUGUGCGUCAUUUGUAUUACACGUUAUAUUGGAUGGUCUUUCUUUUGGUUUUGGCAUCUUUUUCCCCUUAAUUCAGAAGGUUCAUUUAUUUCUUAUGAACAAAGUUCCAGAAAGAAAAUUCAAUCAGUUUGAGAAGUUUAAAAGAAAUUCUGGAAAUACUAGUCAAAUUGUGUAACGGAAACAGUAUUGCAGCAUUUCAAAUCUCAAAGAACGGGCGCUUCUUUCGUGGGAGCUCUAUUGCUUUCUCUUCCUUUGGCCCUGGCGCCGAUCGCUGGAACUGUCACAGAUUUAUUUGAUUGCCGGUAAAUAAUUAUGAUCAUCAAAUCAUUGAAGUCUUCAUUUUUCAGCAUCACCAUUCUGAUCGGAGGAUUCACUUGUUUCCUCGCAGUUCUUGCUUCCUUGUGGUGUGAUUCUGUCGGGAUGUUUGCAGUUGUUUUUGGUGGCGGAUGUGGUCUUGGUAAGUUUCUGUUUCAAAUUGACAAAUAAAAUCAGAGAGAAAAUAAAGCAGAGUUCAUUCGAAGCUUUCAAAGUUGGUAUCAAUUGAGCCUCUCCAGAAAAUAGUCUGACAUCAAAUUGGGAUUUCAUGAUACCUGACUGCAACUACUGAAUUUUUUUAAUAUUAGAAAAAGUAGCAGUUAUCUCGGUCUUGCGUUUUCGACUGCAGAAACUUAAAGUGGAUGAAAACAGUUCCUACAAACUUGAAUAAACACCCUCCAUCUGAACGACUUGUUGCGUAAGAUCUAGAACCUAUUUUUACAAACUUUCAUCAGAAAAACCUUGAAAAUCAUACCUAACAGUGUUGAUGAGAAUUAUCAGUGUUUUAACAAUAAAGAAAAACUUUGUAUCCCGAUCACAAAGAUGAAAACUCCAUCAAAAAGAUUAAUUUUUCAUUUCGCGGCACUCAAUUUCUCACUUAACGAUACUACAAAAAUGAGCUGAUAUUCAGAAAUAGUGAAAAAGACAUCGAAUAAUUGUUUAAUUAUAUUGAAUCCUGAAUGCAUGUUAAAUUAACUCAUAGUAUUUUUAUACUACCAAAAAAAUACUGAAUAACUUAGUGGCUUACCAAACAAGGCCAAAAGUUUACAGGUAUGAGUUUCGUCUUCAAUGCAGCAAUUGUCAUGGUGACCUACUACUUUCAAGAACGACGGGGGAUCGCUACGGCGAUCGCUGUUUCUGGAACGGGUGUUGGAACGUUUUUAUUCCCUAGCUAUCUCGGAUCGGUAUUUUUUUCCUGGCUCAACCCUGUUAAAAAUCUUCUGUCCAUCAGAUAUCUGAACUAAUUGGUAACGAAUUCUACGGGUCCUUGAUCUCGAUUUUGAUAUGGGUGAGCUUGAUUGUCGUCAUCGGACUUGCCGUUAAAGAUGUGCAGUGGGUCAGCGACACGCAUGAAUACAAGGUAAGAAAAGGUUUUUGCGGGGCUCCCAUGCAUUUUUCAGGAAAAAAUGUUUCUCCGUCGAAUGAAGCAGAUGCAAGAAGAUGGGGAGAGCCUUCGAGUGAACUGCUACACUGACGAAGUACGUGAAAUCAGAACUGUGAGAGACCGUUUUUCAGGCAUUUGAGCAACCUUUGCGUCGGGCUUGCUCGCUUCCGAACAUUUCGACUUCUUUGCUCACUCGUCUUCGUGACAUCGGAUCAAGCGUUCAGGUAAGAGGAAACAAGUUUUGAUUCAGCACCGAAGGAAAGUUGGAAGGUAGGUCUAUUGAGCUGUAGUUCACAGUGGCUAGUUUUGAAGCAAUUUGCGCGGCAGAACUUAAGAUGGUGCAUAAACCUUACUUUGUUACACUGCGGUCAAAAUUUAUCCACUUUUUACGCCAGAGCAACACUUUGAUCAAUGAAAGGUUCCUAAACUCGUGGAUUUGAGUUCGAAAUAACCAGAUGAAUUCGUUCAAAUUCUGCUUUAUACUCUUUCUUAAAGUUUUUCUUUUAAUCCAAAAUAUUUCGAAUGAAUUUUUCUUGUAUGUGAAGAAAUCUUUGUGACUAACUGAAGUUUGAGUCCAAAUAAUGAAAAAAAACCUAACAAUAAGAAAAGGAAUUUUUCAGUCAGUGAAAGAUGCGGCCGAUGUGCUGGACAUACCGACGCGUUCCCGUUCUGUCGGGACUUUCAUGGCACGACGAACAGCAUUGCAAACUCUCCCCGAGUACACCAUGUUGACUUUGGACGAGAAUCUGGAACACCUGCAGCAUCUUGAUCUCCAAGUCCGUUUUGGAGCUUUUUCACUUGCAAGUUUGAUAUUAUUAAGACAUCCAACUCUCCCGCUGUCACGAUCCAUUCGAGAAGGAAGAACCGUCGUCGCAUUCUCAGCAAGACCUCCAUGAGCAUGGACCGCAUCGACGACAUUGGGAGCCAAGAAAAACUUAAUUUGUGAGUCUUGAUGGAUUUGAUUGAAUAUCUUCUGUGAUUUUGCUAGGAGUUUUUUAUAGUUUCUAGCUCCGAAAACUUUUGCGUUGGAAUGUCACUUCUAAGAUAAUCAAAUUUCGCUUGAACUGAUAUGCUCAUUGUCCAGACCUUUAGAAAAUACUUGGGUAAAUUUCAAAAGUCUCAAAAUUUCACAUGAAUCCCGCCGAGUUUUCAGAAAAAUUUUUCAGGAGCUUCCACUGCUACUCGAGCAGCGGCGAAGAAAGCGAAGAUGAGGAUUUAGAGGAGUCAUCGACUUCCGAUUCUGAAAUGAGUAAUGAUGGAGACUCCUCAAGUUCUGAGCUCACGGAUAAAGUUAUUCAGGUUUUUGAAACGAAAAAAACAUUUCUGAGUUCAAAAUUUCAGCCGAAACCAAAAGAAUUGCCUAGCACAGAGACGCCGCGAGAAGUCAAAAGUAUUCCACGUGAGAUUUUUGUCAGAUUGUUCUCACAAUUGAAGUUUGUUUUUAGCGGCACCUGCCAUGGACCUUAAAAACUUCGGAAGAUUUGAUCGUGCUUCGAUCGCUCGAGGAAUGUCGGCUGGAAGAGUUAUGGCAGGAAAUGCCGUUGAAGCAAGGUUUCAGGGCUUGAACAAAAUCAAAACCGAUUUUUUUUUAUCAAUGAAAUUUAGAAAUCGUUUAUCUAUGCAUACUAUUGGACUGAAGUUCCGCUACGAUUCCGCCCCGGCUCUUGCUGCACGACAGAAGAGGAAGAACAAAUUCGGAAAAUUCGGUCUUGGAAUGGUUAGAGACGUAAGUUUUUCGAUUAUCAUGGUCCAUUAGUCUGAACUUUUGAGCAAAAGGUUUUCAUUCAAAAUCUGAUUUUCAGGCCUCAUCCAGUGUUACAGAAGAAGUCGGGACCUAUCGGAGUCUUCUUCGAGACCGGAAUUUCGUUCUGUAUGUGAUGAAAUAAAUUUAAGAUUGAAAUGGAAAUAUUCAGGUAUCUGGUUCAUUUGACUCUUCUGUAUGCUGUUCUGGAUGUUCCCUACGUUUUCCUCAUUGACCACUGUACCGAAUCAUUGAUGGUAUAUCUUCAAAUAAAUCAAUACCAUUUAUCAUAUUUCAGAUCCCACUCUCAAGUGCCAAAUAUCUGACAUCGGCAAUCGGGAUAUGUAAUUUCGUGUCUACUUUUUGCUGGGGACUCCUCGCUGACAUCAAAUGUUGUAAAAAAGUGGGUUUUCUAUGGGUCAUUUCAAACAGCCAAUAUUUCCAGUACUUGUUCCUGAUCUCGAGUUUCGCCGUGUUUGGCAUUAGUGGAGUUCUUUUUGCGGCUAUUUUUGUUACGAGCUUCUACGGCAUGAUUGUGAGUCAUCAACACCCUGAUUUAAAAAGUCAUGAUCCCAGGAAGAAUUUUUUCUUGAUCUCGCUCAGAAGUAAAAUUUAUUUAGAAGCCGUGAAAGUUUUUUUUAUAUGUCUCUAACUUUCUGAAGGAAAAAAUUUUCCAAGCAGCAAGUUUUUUGUUCGAGCCAAAAAUAUCUCGCUGCGAUCCUAUGUUUCAAUGUGGAUAUUGUGUAACUCAAAAACCCUCGGGCGCAAUUUAUACUUGAUUUCCCUAUGUUACAGUAUCAAAAUGUUCAUCCUGUGAUCAUGAAGUUUUACGUUAGGAAAAUCAAUACCAAGUUCAUCCUAAUGAAAAAUCGAUUUGAAGUUCCUGAGCGGUCUUUACGGAUGCCUCAUCUCCUCCAACUUCGUGUUUCAAAGCAUCUUGUUGACGACUAUAAACACGGACAUGAGCGUGUUCCAAAGUUCCUACUCUUUUGCUGGGCUCUGCGAAGGACUUGCUACAAUUCUUGCCCCACCGCUUUUCGGUCAGUUUUUAUUGAAGAAAGAGAACUAAUCUCAUGCAGGGCUUCUUCGGGACGGAUUCGGGUCGUACACGCUGGUGUUCUUUUUUUCGUCUCUUAUUUUUUUCGCAAGUGGCCUCGUGCUUGUCAGAAUCGCUAUCCGGCUGAGAAAUGAAGAAGAAGAGUUAGUUUAAGACUGGAUGUUACAAAAAUGGAUGGAGACGUUUUUGAUUCAUUUUGAAGACAGUUUCAAUUGGCAAGUAGUUUUUUUUUUCAUGGAACGUUCAUGUAAGGAAAUUGUAAUCGUUCUGUGACUGAAUAUAUCUGGAACCGUGUAUUGCAAAUUUACGGCGUUCUUAACGCUGAAUAGAAAAGCUAAAAUGAAUCACAUAUUUUUUUAUUUUUUGUGAACAAACUCUUUCACGGAAAUUGAGAAGGAAUCCUUAAAAUAUUUGAAAAAAAGGUUCCUGUAUUAUUUUAACAACUUUCUCAAGUAGUCAUGUAUUUUUUUAGUUCUUGUAUGUCUCUCUCAAAACUCAUUGUUAGUGCCAAAAAUAAUUUUGUAGUAUCCGACGAGGUAUCAAACGCAGAAAAAUGUAAGUUCGAGUUUGAGUUGAAUAUUACUUUUCUUCGAAUUUAUUCACGUUGGAAUUUUUCUUCUCAUCUUUCAAAAAGUAUGAAGAUCCAACCUGAAAAAAUUCUAUCUUUUUCAGUAAAAAUGAUGAAAUUACUCAAUUCAGGAAGCGAGCUCGGAAAACGUUGCUUCAUCCAUCGCUUUCUUUAAAACCUGCUAGAAUUGCCAUAUUUUGGGUUUUUGGUUUCUGUUGCAGCGUGUGGAAUAGAUCCCUCCUAGUAAAACCGAUAAACUAAUUCUAACUCAUGUAGAGAAAGAAACUAAUGGAUCAUAACUGUCUUUUAGGAACCUUGAACCAAGUUAUUGAUAAAGUUUCAGGAACAAAAGUCCAACGAAUGGCAUCUCGACGGCUCUGGAAGUCAAGGAUCCUCUCCUGCCCGAUGUAUAA